GGGGUUCAUGUGCUCGCUCGACCUAGCCUGCUGGUUCCGCGCUGACCUUCGGGACGGGCUCUUCGCGGCUUGCUAUUGGCUCGCAGCGCACGAGAGUUGCCGUCUGAUUGGCGAGCGGCGGCCGGGGCCCGCCCCCGCUGUGCCCGGCAGUGCGUUGCGGCCUGGCGGCUGGUUCCUGCGCUAGGCCUGAGCGGGCAGCGGCCGGGCCGGCCAUGGCGGCGGUGUAGGGCGGAGCGGGCGGAGCAGCGGCCACCAUGAUCAUAGAGAACGUGGACGCUCUCAAGUCGUGGCUGGCCAAGUUGCUGGAGCCGAUAUGUGACGCAGACCCCUCAGCCUUGGCCAACUAUGUCGUGGCACUAGUCAAGAAAGACAAACCAGAGAAAGAGCUGAAAGCUUUCUGUGCCGAUCAGCUGGACGUCUUUCUGCAGAAAGAAACUUCAGGUUUUGUAGAUAAACUCUUUGAAAGUCUGUACACGAAGAGCUAUCUUCCUUCUCUCGAGCCCACGAAAGAGACGAAGCCUGCGGGUCAGGAGAAAGAAGCCGUCAAGGAGGAGUUGUCUCUGAAACAGAGUUUUCAAGAGCCGGUUGAAGAAGAGCGGGACGGCAGGAAGAAGAAGUAUUCCAGUCCGACGAAGAGCCGCACGGAUUCCAGCGAACAAAGAACCAGAGAGAAGAAGCGAGACGAUGGGAAAUGGAGGGACUACGACCGAUACUACGACAGGAGUGACCUGUACCGGGACAAGUCCAGCUGGCGGCGCGGCAGGAGCAAGAGCCGCAGCAAGAGCAGAGGGCUGAGUCGCAGCCGCAGCCGCAGCCGGGGCAGAAGCAAGGACCGGGACGGCAGCCGCGGCGCCGAGCACCGAGAGAGAUCCAAAUUCAAAAGCGAAAGGAACGAUGUGGAAGGCUCGUAUAAUGCAGUUUCCGCGGCUCCCGGUAAAUCCUCUGAGCAGUAUUCCUCCGCGCAGGCUGUGCCCAGCGCUGUUACCGUCGUCGCACCCGCGCACCACCUGGAGAACACAACAGAGAGCUGGUCCAAUUUCUAUAACAAUCACAGCAAUCCCAGCUCGUUCGGCAGAAAUCCUCCUCCGAAGAGAAGGUGUCGAGAUUACGAUGAGCGAGGAUUUUGUGUUCUUGGUGACCUUUGCCAGUUUGAUCACGGAAAUGAUCCCCUGGUGGUGGACGAAGUUUCCUUGCCCAGUAUGAUCCCGUUUCCCCCGCCGCCCCCGGGCCUGCCCCCCCCGCCGGGGAUGCUGCUGCCGCCGCUGCCGGGACCCGCGCGCGCCCUGCGGCUGCCGGUGCCGCAGCCCCACCCGCAGCCCCCACCGCCCGUCGUGCUCCCCGUGCCCAGACCAGCGCUCACGCAGCCCAGCUUGCUGACCAGCCGAGACCAGGCCGGGCCCAGCGCCGUGCCCAGCCUGGCCGCCGUGGGAGCCAGGCUGCCGCCCCCGCUGCCCCAGAACCUGCUCUACACUGUGUCGGAACAUACAUAUGAGCCAGAUGGCUAUAACCCCGAAGCUCCUAGUAUUACCAGUGCUGGUAGAUCUCAGUAUCGACAGUUCUUUACAAGAGCACAAACGCAGCGUCCAAAUCUAAUUGGCCUAACAUCUGGGGAGAUGGAUACAAAUCCAAGAGCUGCCAACAUUAUCAUCCAGACAGAACCCCCCAUUCCCAUCACAAAUAACAGCAGCAACGUAACCAGAGUUGUCCUUGAGCCAGACAGCAGGAAGAGGUCUCCGAGCGGCGCGGAGUGUCCCCCGCUGAAGAAGCCCUGGCUGGGAAAACAAGCAAAUAACAACCAGAAUAAACCAGGAUUUCUGAAAAAGAAUCAGUAUACCAAUACAAAAUUAGAAGUUCGGAAAAUUCCCCCAGAACUGAACAAUAUUACACAGCUCAAUGAACAUUUCAGCAAGUUUGGAACUAUUGUGAACAUCCAGGUUGCUUUCCAGAACGAUCCUGAAGCUGCUCUGAUUCAGUAUGUAACGAACGACGAGGCCAGGAAGGCGAUUUCCAGCACAGAGGCCGUUCUGAACAACCGGUUCAUCCGGGUGCUGUGGCACAGGGAGAGCGAGCAGCAGCCCCCGCUGCAGCCGCCCGCGCAGCCGCCGCAUGCCCCGCUGCACCUGCAGCCGCCGGCGCUGAGCGCGGCCCCGGCCGGGACGCCGCACGGCAGCAUGGCCAAGGUGAUGACCAAACCGCUGGCGUCUGGUGCCUACGUGCUGAACAAAGUCCCGGUGAAGCGGCGGCUGGGAGCGGCGGGCGGGACCCAGGCGGAGCUCGGCCAGGCCGGGGCGGCGGUGGAGGACUCGCAGACUUUUCCUACUUCUACAAGCCACUCAAAAGUGGUUUACAGUUCCUCAAACUUGAAGGCAUCUCUGAAGCCUGGUGCAGGGUCUAAACCGCACGAUGUGCAAGAAGCCCUUAAAAAAAAACAGGAGGCAAUGAAACUCCAACAAGACAUGAGGAAAAAGAGGCAGGAGAUGUUAGAAAAACAAAUAGAAUGCCAGAAGAUGUUGAUAUCCAAGCUGGAGAAAAAUAAGGCCAUGAAACCAGAAGAGAGAGGAGAAAUAAUGAAGACCUUGAAAGAACUAGCAGGAAAAAUAUCUCAGUUAAAGGAUGAAUUAAAAACUUCAUCUGCAACCUCUACACCAUCAAAACUAAAGUCCAAGACAGAGGCACAAAAGGAACUCCUAGAUGCAGAACUGGACUUCCAUAAGAGACUGUCUUCUGGAGAAGACACAACUGAGCUGCGGAAAAAGCUGAAUCAGUUACAAGUAGAGGCUGCCCGUUUAGGCAUUCUGCCGGUUGGGCGAGGAAAGACGGUGCCGGCCCAAGGACGAGGCCGCGGCCGCGGCCGUGGCGGGAGAGGAAGGGGCGCGUUGAACCACAUGGUGGUGGAUCAUCGUCCCAAAGCACUGACAGUUGGGGGCUUCGUGGAAGAGGAGAAGGAUGAAUUGUUACAGCACUUCUCUAAAUUCGGAGAUAUUGAAGACCUUCAAGAAGAGGAUUCCCCAUUGAGUGUUGUUCUAACUUUUAAAUCUCGCUCAGAAGCUGAAAAUGCUGCUAACCAAGGAUCCCGGUUCAAAGACCGAAGGCUACAGAUAUCCUGGUACAAACCGAAGGUACCCUCUGUGUCCACAGAAAUCGAGGAAGAGGAGUCUAAAGAAGAGGAGACUGAGACCUCAGAUUUAUUUUUGCACGAAGACGACGAUGAUGAUGACGAAGAUGAGGAUGAAUCCCGUUCUUGGAGAAGAUGAAACUUGAUAUUGGAAAUGUAUAAUUUUAGGAAUAUAGUUCAAGCUACAUCUUUUAAACAUUUAUUUAAGGAAGUUGAUGAGCCAAAAAAGCUUUAUUUUCUUUUCAAACCACAGGAUUUAAAGUGAGCAGAGUUUGUUCUCAAACACAUUUCGAUGUAGAGCUGUGACACUGAGCUAGCCGAAGGCCCAGUUCCGUAUUGCAUCAUUAGCAGAUCACCAGGACGGUGAUUUUUUUCUAUUUAAGAAGGAUUUAAGAAAGGGGGGGAGGGAAAUAGUAUUUUUUUGUCCUCUUUUUGUGUCACCUCUAUUACCUUGUUUCGGGUUUUUUUAUAAUGUGAUUGAUUUGUUAGUUUAUAAUUGAAAAGAUAUUACAGGUUUUAUUUAGCAAUAUUAUGGGGUUGGGGGAAAGAUGCAAACUUUCAUUAAAUGUUAUGAAAGACAAAA